AUGUUCGACUGUAUAGUCGAGAAGCUGGAGCCAGAGCAAACGCUGCUUCUGCUUAGCCGAUACUUCAACGACAUGUCGGAGGUGAUUGAUAAGUUCGGCGGCAUUGUCAUCGAGUUCAUCGGUGAUGCCAUCUAUGCAGUCUUCGGUGCACCAGUGCGAAACCGGGAGCAUGCCGAGGCAGGUGUAAAUGCCAUGCUGAAGAUGCUCAAGACCGUACAGCGCAUCAACCAGUGGGCGAAGCACCGACUUCUUCCAGAGGUCAGCAUCCGCUGUGGCGUACAUUCUGGCACUGUGCAAGUCGGAAAUAUGGGCUUUCACUCGCGGCUCAAGUACGGAGUCAUGGGUGCCGGUGCAGAGAUUCCCUCGAAGUUGGAGGAGAUGAACAAGACCUACGGCACCCAUAAUCUCAUCUCUGAGGCGACCUUCCACAAGCUUCCUCCGGAUGGGUAUGUGAUGAGACCUAUAGACUUUGUGGACAUGUC